UCUUGGUAAUUCAUCGUGCUCAAAACACACAAGAACGAUGGCUCUGCGUGUUUUUGGCUUAAAUUUAAUAAAAACUAACAGAAAUCUGCUGCAAAAUGCUGGCAAGAUCAAUGGAGUUAGCAAUGUGCAAGCGGUAGCAGCGGCAACAUACGCUACGCAGGUGACCGUCGAGGCAACACCGGCAGCGGUCCAAAAGCAGAAAGUCAGCAAGGCAAUGAAAGCUUAUCUGAAGCGGGCCAACGAGCACGAUGAGUUCAUGAAAACACAGCACUUGGAUUUUCAAAUUGGCAAGCGACAUUUGGCCAAUAUGAUGGGCGCCGAUGCAGAGACAUUUACUCAAGAAGAUAUAGAUGAAGCCAUCGCCUAUCUAUUCCCUUCCGGUCUGUACGACAAACGGGCUCGUCCCGCCAUGAGGUCUCCGGACGAAGUUUUUCCAGCGCGAAAGGCAGCCGAAUUCGAUGAGACAGGUCGGCCAUUUCACAGUAUGUUCUACACGGGAAAACCCAACUUUUUUCAACUGCUGCACGACAUUGUUACGGAAACCAACAAACUAAACGAUUUCGAAGAACGCAUGCUGCGACGUGGUAACAAGCCCGAUGACAACCAGAAGCUCGAAACGGCUGGCUUUCAGCUGCUGCCGAAGGAGCAACUGGAACGUCUGCUUGUGGAGCAUAUUGCAGACAUUGAAUACCAGAAUUUUUGCAGCAGCAUGGAUCGUUUAAUUGCCUCACCGUAUGCAUACAAGAGCAAGGCGUUUAUUGAGCGCUUUCUAAAGCCAUUGAUUGAUCAAUCCAAGCAACUCGAAGUGCCCAAGCCAAAGAUCGAUGAGCAGGGCCGUCAAUAUAUAACCACCUAUGAGUGCCUGCGCAAGACAGCACGUGCCGAUGUCACUGUGCGUCUGCCCGGCACAGGAAAGAUAACAAUUAAUGGCCAUGAUAUCUCGUACUUUAGCAUGGAACAGAGCAAAGAACAGUUACUUUUUCCGCUGAACUUUACCGAAAUGCUGGGCAAAGUUGAUGUGGAGGCCAAUGUGGAGGGCGGUGGUCCGUCCGGUCAGGCAGGUGCCAUUCGUUGGGGCAUUGCAAUGAGCUUGCGCAGCUUCGUUGAUCAGGAGAUGAUUGAGUCAAUGCGCUUGGCCGGCUUGCUGACACGUGACUACCGCCGGCGGGAGCGCAAGAAGUUCGGACAGGAAGGCGCUCGGCGCAAGUACACGUGGAAGAAGCGCUAAGCGGCUAAAUACAUUGCAUUUCUACUCAAAUGUUCAAUAAAAUUAUGUUAUUAAAUU